UUCCGCCCUCCUCCCGUGCAACUACAAGCGCGGCCUUUUUCCCGUCGGCACGGCGCCUAGGAAAAACAGCCGUCCUCCCGCGUCCCCCACCUCGGCCCCUCCUCCUCACGCCGGCGACACACCGACAAACCGAGGCAGGUCCCCCCCGAUGGCGUCGGCUCGACUUCGCCUACGCCUCCUCGACGGCUACGGUCUCCUCAUGUCGCCGGCGCUCUCCGCGACGGCGCUGCGGUCCUCGCGAGGCCUGCGCGCGCUCUGCACGCUCUCCACCACGCUGCGGUCGGGCGCCGGCGAGGACGAGAUCGAGCGCAUCCGCCGCGAGUUCGAGGACGCCAAGCGCAACUACCUCAGCAUCCCCGCCGCCAUCAAGGACAUGCCCAAGAUGAACCCGCAAGGCAUUUACGUCAACAAGAACGUCAAGCUGGACGACCUCCAGGUCUACGGCUUCGACUACGACUACACGCUGUCGCACUACUCCGAGCACCUGCAGUGCCUCAUUUACAAUCUUGCAAAAAAACACUUGGUCAAUGAGUUGAAGUAUCCGGAGAGUUGCUUGCAGUACGAGUAUGACGGCACCUUCCCUAUCAGGGGUCUGUACUAUGACAGACUUAAAGGGUGCCUUCUCAAGCUCGAUUUCUUCGGCUCGAUUGAACCAGAUGGUUGCUUCUUUGGGCGGCAGAGGCUGAGUUUGAGUGAGAUAAAAGAGCUCUAUGGCACACGUCAUAUUGGCAGAGAUCAAGCUCGUAACCUUGUUGGGCUGAUGGAUGUCUUCUGUUUUAGUGAGGCAUGUCUGAUUGCCGAUAUUGUUCAGCACUUUAUAGAUGCAAAACUGGAGUUUGAUCCAUCUUACGUAUACGAGGAUGUAAACCAAUCGAUUCAGCAUGUUCACAGAAGUGGUUUAAUUCACAGGCAAAUUCUUUCUGAGCCUCAGAAAUUUCUGAUGAAAAAAAGCCAGGUGUUCCGUUUCUUGAAGAUGCUUAAAGAGAAAGGGAAAAAGCUAUUUCUUCUUACUAAUUCACCUUUCUACUUUGUAGAUGGAGGGAUGCGUUAUUUGCUAGAGGACCAACAUUUUGAUGGAAAUUCCUGGAGGGAACUGUUUGAUGUUGUGAUUGCGCAGGCAAAUAAACCAACUUUCUAUAACUCAGAUCACCCAUUCAGGGUGUAUGACACUCAAAAGGACACCUUAGCUUUUACUGCAGUUGACAAGUUUCUGCCAGAUCAAGUAUACUACCAUGGCUGUUUGAAAUCAUUUCUGCAGAUCACAAAAUGGAGAGGCCCAGAGGUGAUAUAUUUUGGUGACCAUCUUUUGAGUGACUUGAGAGGACCUUCAAAAGCUGGUUGGCGAACAGCUGCUGUAAUCCGAGAACUUGAGGAUGAAAUAGAAAUCCAGAACGGUGACAGCUAUCGAUUCCAACAGGCAAAAUUGAGUAUAAUACAUGAUCUACUUGGGAAAGUCCAUGCAACUGUGGUUAGCACCGAGAAAGGGCAAGUCUACAGAGCGUUGCUCGAUGAGUUGAAUGCAGAAAGACGACAAUGCCGAUCUGGGAUUCGAGAUUUGUUCAAUAGCUCUUUUGGUGCAACAUUUCUUACAGACACUGGAAGGGAAUCAUCAUUUGCCUAUCACAUUCAUCAAUACGCCGAUAUUUACACGAGCAAGCUUGAGAACUUCUUAUCAUAUGCUCCUGAAUCUUGGCUUCAUCCACCUCAUGACAUAAAGAUCAUGCCACACAAUGCGAAGGUCCCAGCAAGCCUGUUCAGUACCUCCUAGUUCACUCUUAUCUGUAUUUUCAGUGGAGAACCAAGCCAUAGUACCCCAUUAUGGUUUCUGUGUGAGACCCAUGCGACAGGAUUGUGGACUCCUGCUUUCGCUUGCGUUAUAUGAAUGAAGCACCAGAUGAUGCAUCAAUCCAGCAGACCAAGCAGCAAGUUAGCAGUCAUUCUCCUGACUUGCCACGGAAAUGUCAGUCAUGUGAGUAGUUGACCGACUCGGCCUGUAUGAUGAAGCUUCUAUCUGCUCUUUAAAAGAAAAGGAAGCAUCUGAGAAGCCGCAUGCUUGUGUUCCCAUGAAACUUCAACAAUCUGACUGUCAAUAAAGCAGAUACACGCAACACAUCUAGUUUCCCCAUUUUAUUUACAUUCUGCAACACUCUUUGCUGCACUCCAAUAUUACACUGAAAACUCGUUCAGUGGCAUCUGACAAGUUUUUGGGAUGAGCAGAAGAUAGUUUGGGUCCAGACAACGGGUAAAUUAUAAACGCCUAUUUGUCCUUGUCUGUAACAGGAAGGCUUUCUUCAUUUCUAUUGCUCAUGGUCCCGGAGACUGGCUGGAGUUCCAGUUCUUGCUUGCAUGAACGUGGAGACCUGGAAUUUCGAGAACAAUGGCAAUUAGGGGACUCAUGUGAUUUCUGAACACAGAAAAUAUAAUUUUUUUAUUCUUCGCUGACCAUGGUUUUGGAUUAAUUUGUUAAAAUCUA